CCAAUCAUUCUGGCAACAUAAUAUUUUGUGUCACAGGUUUGGAUAAAAAUAUAACAUAGGGGCAGACAUUCUGAUACAAUUCUUCUCAGAGUUCAGAUUAUGGUGUGGCACAUAUUUUUAUCCGGGUUAGCUUAGCGCUUUUUUAAAUUCUUAUAAUUUAUCUUUAGCUUCAUAUUUAACUAGCAGUUAGAGUCAUAUGUAUUAAUUUUGCAGUUGGUAUUGAGAUAAUUUAGAUGCACUGGAGGGCGGUAUGUUUCUAUGUUCCUGAGGUGUGACUACACAAAGAAGAAGAAGAAGAAGACGCAGCGCGAGAGUAGUACUGCCAAAUAUGGGGACAAGCCGGGUGUUGUUAGCUGGCUUUGCUAGUUAGAUAAGUGGGUGUGGGGUUUAGUUAUUAGCUUAUUAUAAGAAGAAGUCGAAGCUGGGCAGUCCAGAAUUCCUCAGGAUAGGAGAAGAUGUCAAUGGAAUGCUCCCUGCCACCUCCACCACUUCCACCGCCUCCACCUCCUCCACCUGUUCCAUGUACACCACCUCAAACGUCAGCACCAAAGAAGAAGCUGUAUCAGACUAUAGCCAGCAGUAGGAGUGCUGUAGAGGGAGAUCACACAGAGGCUUGCUUGCUGAUCAGUCAGAGGGAGACCAGUUUCAGGAAGGACCUGCAGUGGAUUCUGGCGAACACCUACGUGCCUUCACUCAUUCAAGAUGGUCCACAGUGUGGUCUGGUGGCUUUGUGGAUGGCUGCUCACCUACAGCAGCCGCGGCUGAGUGUCGACAUGGAGACGGUGGUUCAGACAGCUCUGAGCAGGGGAUACACGGCUCAGGGUGAAAUGUUCUCGGCUGACAAUAUGGCCCUGCUGGCAGAAGAGGUGUGUGGCUGCAAGGCCAAGCUCCUUUCAGGGGGUCUGAGUGGUAAUAAUGCUGCAGCCAUCAUCUCACACCUGUGGGGGAGACAGCCUGUUCUCAUCCCCUAUGACGAGGAUUACAACCAUGAGCCGUGCCAGCGUAGUGGCCACAGAGCGCACUGGGCAGUUGCUUCAGGUGUUCUCCUCGGUGUGGACCAGGGGAGUGUGAGUAACGAGCACGCUCAGCCUGAUCCCUCUCUGCCGUGGCUCUACCUCGCCGCCGACAGCAGCUCAUCUUGUCCCGCCGGCAGCACGGCACUCAGAGAUGUUUACAUCCUCGCUAAGCAAGGUAAAAGCUUGCGCUACCAGCUGUGGAGUUUGGACACUGUAGCUCAGAGCAAUGAGCAGCUAAAGAUGAUGGACCCUCAGAGAGCCAGUGAUGGCACCAAGUAUGUGGUUCCCAAAGGAGGGGUGGAGGCCGGUCUGGCUGGAAAGGCGGUGAUGCUCCACACAAGGUCCACACAGUGAAGCAGACACACAUUAUUUAUUUAAUUAAAAGGGCUUUAAAGUAAGGGUUAUCAGGGAGAAGCCACGCCCACAUGUUCAGCCAUGCUCUGGUCACUGUUUUUGUAAAAUGUGUAGUCGUCUUAUAAUUUUCCACUAACAAGGAUUGUGUCAGUUUAACUGUAAAAGCUAUAUAUUUUUUUAGAAUAUCCACAAUUUAUUUGGAGAGGAACAGUGUUCAUGUAAUUUUUGCCUGUUACACCACCUUAACGGAUUUUAAUAAA